UAUUAUUCUAAAAGAGGUCAAGAGGUAAUUGUUAUUGAUUUAAAAUCCUUAUGUUACGAUGUACGAAGAAAAAAGAACUAGUUUUAAAUACUAUAGGUUCACGGAUUUAUCAAUUUCAAUGGGAGAUUCUGAGAUAUGAUACUUGAUACGACUCACCGCGACUACAAGGUCAAAGAAGUAUGGGAGCCGUAAACUGCUAUUAUAUAUUGGUGUGGUGGAUAUUUUUCAUUCCUCUGCUUGAUGCUGAAACGUGUUACUUUUACGAAACAGCCUUGGAUAAAAAUUUGAAUAGUUGGAGUACUUUCUAUUCUGUGAAUGAGAUAGAUUUCAAAGUUCGUUAUAAAAUUCAGCAGUCUUCAUUUUAUUGCUCCUUUGACCAAUAUUGUUGUCAAAAGGACUGCUGCUACAAGUACCAAAGCGAACCGGAGGAAGAGAGCGAAGAUAAUACAUCCUUUCCUACGGCUUCUGUAUGGGGCAUUAUUAUCGGUGUCGGGGUAGGAACAUGUCUGUGUGUAUACUGUUGUGUUAAAUUAUGCAAUAGUGACAACGCAGCUCAAACAUCUAUACCGAUGACUGUAUCCCGUUCUGACAAUGGAACAGUUGUUAUUCGUCAGAGAAAUCCGGAGGAAUCGGAUGCUGCAACUUUAACGCCUGUCUUUCCCGACGGACAAAACAUAGAGCGACACCAAGAAUCAGGUCUGGAGCCUGAGCGUAGAGGUCCUGGCAGUCAGACAGACCUUCGAUCGACUUCAUCUCCAAAUGAAUAUAAUAAUAGUUCAUCUCAUACCAUAGACUAUACACUACCCCCACCGUCAUACGAAUACGUCAUGUCACGUAACUUUCCUGGUAGUGAGAAUGUGCAUUUGAAUAAGCAAACGGAUUGAAUGGGAAGAUUUACUAUGCAUGGUUUA